CCCUUCAGACUGAGCAUUACGUGUCAGGCUAGCGGACUGAAAACCAGAAGUGCUCCUCUGUCGGUGUUUGGUGUCAGCAGGAGGAGGUGGAAACAUCUCCGUUAGUUAACUUAAGCCACCAGAUGUUCGAGUAACUUUUGUGUCCUCUUGUUGGUUUCUUUUUUUCUCCCCCACUGUUUUGAUCUGGAGUGUUUUUUUUUCCCUUCUGCUCCCCGAUGACUUCCUCUAUCUCAGACUGGAUUUGGAGUGAGAGAUUUUGGCUUCCCGAAAAUGUGACAUGGGCGGACCUGGAGCAACCACCACCUGGUGUGGAGUAUCCCCGAAUCAGACACAUACUAUACGCCCUACCUCUGGCUGUCAUAGUGUUUCUACUAAGGCUGCUUUUUGAAAGGCUAGUGGCCAAGCCCUGUGCCCACAUACUUCAGAUUCAGUCAGGAGUGCCUCGACAAGCUCAAUCCAAUGCUGUCCUGGAGAAAGUCUUUCAGUCCAAAGCGUGUCCAGACGCGAGGCAACUGGAAGGACUCUCCAAGCAGCUGGACUGGGAUGAGCGGAAAAUACAGAGAUGGUUCCGGGUCCGUCGGAACCAGGACCGGCCCAGCGUACAGAAAAAGUUCUGUGAGAGCAUGUGGCGAUUAACAUUCUACCUGGGGAUUUUCAUCUAUGGCAUUCGACAUCUGUGGGUGUCGCCUUGGAUGUGGGACACUAGAAAAUGUUGGUACAAUUACCCUUUUCAGCAUCAGAGCUCAGAACAGUUCAUAUACUACACGGCCGAGCUGGCCUUCUACUGGUCUCUGAUGUUCUCCCAGUUUAUAGACGUUAAACGUAAGGACUUCAUCAUCAUGCUCGUCCACCAUCUAGCCACCAUCUUCCUCAUCACAUUCUCCUACGCCAACAACAUGCUAAGAGUCGGCACUUUGGUCAUGUGUGUGCACGAUGCGUCCGACAUCUUCCUGGAGGCCGCCAAACUGGCCAACUACGCCAAGUACCAGAGGCUAUGCGACGGCCUGUUUGUGGUGUUCAGCAUAAGCUUCUUCUUCACGCGACUGGUCAUCUAUCCUUUCUGGGUUGUUUACAGCGUUCUGGUUGAGAGCUGGGAGAUCGUCGGGCCGUACCAGUCCUGGUGGUUGCUCAAUGGGUUGCUGUUGGUGCUACAGACUCUUCACAUCAUCUGGUUCUACCUCAUCACUCGCAUCGCUAUCAAAGCCAUAUUCAAGGGAAAGGUUUCCAAAGACGACCGCAGCGACGUGGAGAGCAGCUCUGACGAGGAGAUUUAUUCCAGUUCCAGUAAAACUCCCAGUCAGACCCUCAAACCAAGGAACAUCAGCCACACUGGAAACCUUAACGGAGGAGCUCACGACCACUGAGAAGCGUGUGUGUGGGGGGGUGUUUACCUCCAUUGUGGCUUCAUAUUCACCUGCUGUGUGACCGGGUGACCAGACUUGUCACUAAAAAAAGAAAGACAUUCAACUUUUUUUUUUUUUUUUUUUUUUUCACCCAGAAAGAUUUGCUGAGUCAUAGAAGUGGAGAGUGGACUUUGAUACGGAGGGGGGAACCCCUCUGUGUGGAAUAAAGACCGUCUAAUGAGGCGGGUUUACACUGUGUGAGGUUUACACCUGCUUUAUGGCUUACAGGAGUAGACAGAGAAAUGUGUGUGAGUGUGUGUGUGGUUUGCACCUCGCUGUGUGUGUGUGUGUGUGUAAAUGUGUGUGUGUGUGU